AUGGAGGCUAUUGAAGAGACAUCCAGUGAUGUGUAUAAGCUGGUUAACAGUUCUGUUCAACUCGACACACAAGAUAAAAACGAUCAGUUUGAGCUAUUUAAGUGGAUGUUUAAGCAGAAAAACACUAUUUUGAAAUACGACCGUGACACUAAAGUCAUAAAGGAAUAUGAUCCUUAUAAAGACCGGGUGAAGUUCAAUACUGAAACACUGAGAUUAACACUGAAGAACUUACAGAAGACUGAUAGUGGACUGUAUGAAGCAAAAACUGAAAGUAACCAGGAGAAAGUUGUGGCUCGUUACAAACUGCAUGUUUUAGAUCCAGUGAAAGAACCAGAACUUACUUCUGUUUACCAGCAGAACAGUGACUCCUGUAAUGUGACCUGUUUAGGUCUCACACUCUCAAUCAACUCAAGCUUUGACAAGAAAACCUGUGAGGAGAGUGAGACAUUAACUGAAGGUGUCUCCUAUACACUUUCUCUCUGUGUUAAUGGCAGCCAUAUCAUCUGUAAUCAUAGCAACCCUGCCAGCUCAAAAGUGACUUCGGUGGAGAUAAAUCAACUCUGCCCUUGUGAGCCUGAAUCCAUAAGUGAUGCUAUCACUACUACAGGUGGAUCUGUUUGUCUGCUGAAGAUAGUGCUGUAUUCUGUGGGUCUGAUUCUCAUGAUGUCUGCAGUGAUCACCGUCCACAUUAGAGGGAGACUCAUCAAACCAAAGAUAGAGCAACACAGAGAAUAA